UUCCUCCAAACAUUUCCUCCGCCAUCUCCGCUGUCGAGCCCGAACUUUGCCGGGAUCUUUGUUCGCGGAGGACUGAUCGUCUCUCCUGCCCUCUCUUUCUCCCCCUCUCUCUCUCCCUCCCUCGCUGCUUGUCCCCUUUCCUCCUCUCUCUCUCGCGCUCUCUCUCGUCUGUCCUUGUCUCUCCACCUGGUCGCCUCUUUUGUUCGCUGGGAAAAGCGCUCAGAGGACUCCCUCCGUCUGCUCACGCCUCUCAACUUUUCGCAGACAUGGACUGGGGGACAGAUCUCUGGGACCAGAACGACGUCAUCGACAAACACACGCAGUCGGGCCUGGACCUGGUGGAGCGUUACAUAAAGUUUGUGAAGGAGAGGACGGAAAUAGAGCAGAGCUACGCCAAGCAGCUCAGGAGUCUAACAAAGAAAUAUGCCAAACGAGGAAGCAAAGAAGAGCAAGAAUGCAGAUUCAGCAAUCACGCCUCGUUCCAGGACAUCCUGAACGAGCUGAACGACUACGCCGGGCAGCGGGAGCUCAUCGCCGAGAACAUGAUGACCGGCAUCUGUGUGGAGCUCACCAAGUUCCUGCAGGACCUCAAACAAGAACGCAAGACGCACCUGUCCGACGCCAAGAAGGCCCAGCAGAACUUGGAGAGCAGCUUUAAGCACCUAGAAAGUACUAAGAAGCGCUUCGCUAAGGAGUGGGCAGAGGCGGAAAAAGCCACACAACAAGCAGAGAAAACAGAAAGUGACCUCAAUGCCACCAAACUCGACGUGGAGAAAGCCAAGCAGCACGCCCAUGCUCGCACGCACACGGCGGAGGAGUGCAGGAACGACUACGCAGCCCUGCUGCAGAAGUACAACAAGGAGCAGAACUUCCACUAUUACACAGAGAUACCACAGAUCUUCAAUAAACUGCAAGACAUGGACGAGCGCCGGAUCAGGCGGCUGGCGGAGGGCUACUGCCAGUUCUCAGACAUCGAGAAGAAUGUGCUGCCCAUCAUCUCCAAGUGUCUAGAGGGAAUCUCUGCAGCAGGAGGGAAGAUAAAUGAGAAGCAGGACUCAUUACUGCUCAUCGAGCAGCACAAGUCUGGCUUUGAGCGACCCGGAGACGUGGAGUUUGAAGACUACACCCAGGGAAUCAAACCAGCAACCUCAGAGUCGAGCCUCAACCCACCUAAAGUGCGCACCAAGCUCUGGCCUUUCGGCAAGAGACACAAGAUAAGUCAUGUGGAAAAGCAAGCGAUAACUCAUGUGGAAAAGCGUGUGAUAACUCAUGUGGAAAAGCGUGUGCCACACGCUGCAGAGGAUUUCUCUCACCUUCCUCCGGAGCAGAGGAAGAAGAGGCUGCAGGCGAAGAUCGAUGAUAUCACCAAAGAGCUGCAGAAGGCGCAAGACCAAAGUGAAGCACUGGAGAAGAUGAAGGGUGUGUAUGAGCAGAAUCCUCAGAUGGGCGACCCCUCCAGUCUGGAGCCGCAAAUCACAGAGACGACCCAGAACAUCGGCCGCCUGAGGGGGGAGCUCGCCAAAUACGAGACGUGGCUGUCAGAAGCAGUGGGAGGAGAGGAAACUGCCAACACCAUCAACAAUAACACUCAGCAUGGAGGUGGAACGGUCGAGCAGCCUCUGAACAUCUACACGGAGUUCGACGACGAAUUUGACGACAUAGAGAACCCCAUCGGCCAGUGCACCGCCCUGUACACCUUCGAAGGAAACAGCGAGGGCACCAUUUCCAUCACGGAGGGAGAGCAGCUGAGUGUUAUGGAGGAGGAUAAAGGCGACGGCUGGAUGAGAGUCCUUAAAGCCAGCGGAGAGGAGGGCUAUAUACCUUCCUCCUAUGUCAAGCUAGUAUCUUAACUCACAUCCCGGGGCUCAGUGACAGGAGCCGAGAGCCAAAGGUGAAUGCAAAGUCAUCCGAGAUAAUUGGAGCGCUUCUCUACAGCUUUUAUCUCGGCCGCUGACGUGUGCGUUGAGAUGAAAGUGAGUGAUUAUAAAGCUCGUUAUCGAGGCUGAUUGCAAUAUCAUACACUCCUCUCCUCGGCCGGCUGCGGCAGGAGGCGCCGUCUCUAAACGCAGACUGCCAGUCCUGCCUGAUCUUUAUAGAUAUCAGCUCUUUUAAAACUUUAAAAAAAAAAAAACUUUUGAAUGUAAUGAAACUUUUUGUCACAGCGACGACUCCUCUAACAUAUCCAGCAUCGUAGUAGC